AUGGGACCCAUCAUAUUCAGCCAAUCAUUUGGAGCAGCGGUAUUCCUCAGCCUUGCGCAAACCAUAUCUAGAAACAGCUUUCAAACUCUCAUCGCCGAAUAUGCACCUUCUGCCAAUGCUCAAAAUAUCAUUCAUGCCAGGGCUACUGGAUUCCGACAGAUCGUUUCCGGGACAGGCCUUACAGGCGUAUUGAUCGCUCAAAUCGAAAGCAGGGGAAAUGUGGAUACCCAGCUGUGA